AUCGCACUUGAUAUCGCACUUGAUAGCGCUCGCGCUGCGGCACACAAACCAGCGCUGGGCCGCGCUCGCCCUUGCCGCCCAUGUUCCACGGCCGUCCGUGACCGCAAACAUGCCGUGCGUCUCCGUGUUGUCGGCGGCCAUCUGCCCGGACAGCACCCACCGGCCGCUCGAUGCGCUCUGUCCUGACCCCGCCGCUGCUGCUGCUGAAAAGGUGCUCGCACUCCCAAUCUGCCCUCGGCCAUCCAUCUAUCCACCCUCGCCCAUCCAUCUAUCCACCCGCUCUCGCUCCCCCUGCCAUGAGCUCCAAAGCGCCCUUCGCGGCCUUCAACACCACCCAGAGCUUCUGGCUCGUCUCGUCCUCGCCGACGACCACCGCCCCAGAGUGCCUCAGCCCCAGCGACCCGCCAGAUGUGCGUAUCGGCAAGCUGGGCGAUCAGCUCACCCUGACCAACAUCUGCGGUUCGCUGACGUCGCCCAGCAUCUCCAACUACUACACCUUCUGGCAAAACGCCUGGGCCUUCUAUUCGUGCUCUUCGCAGAACUGCGACCCGUCCAGCUGCGGCACUGCUCCGGUCAGCAGCGUCCCGCUCAACUCGCUGCUGUCGCCGUGUGAUGCCGGCUACUUUCGGGUGGUCAACGACACCAAUGCUUAUGCCGCGCCCUUCUACGGCCGGCCCAUGCCCACAUUCGCAUACAAGACGCUCUACACGGACUCGACCUGCCAAACGCCAAUGUCGAUGGUGCGGGUGCCGCUGUACCCAACGUGCACACCGGUUUCCAGCGGGCUGUACGGCCUGAGUCUCUCCAUCUCGAUCUCGGUCAACUCGGCCGUCCCAAGCAUGCGUUUUGUCCGCAACUACGGCUGUGUCGAUGCCCAAUGCUCCCAGUGCUACUCCUCCCGCCAGGCCAACGAUGUCGUCGUCAGCCGCUCGUGCUCGCCGGCGUCGGUGGCGGGUAAGAUGUGGGCCGAUUCAAACAUGUAUCCCAGCUAUGUGCGGCUCGGGUCGGCGUUCCCAAACGGCAGCAUUCCCACGCUCGAAGGCUCCCUGCUGUCCCCGGGCUCGACGCUUUCGCCCUCUCCCACCACAACGGCUUCGACAAAUGCUCCUGGCGACGUCGCCGACCCCGACAAGGGACUGACCAUUGGACUUUCAGUGGCCACAGUCCUGCUCGUCGUCUCGGUCGCUGUCUUGGCCGUGUGGAUUGCCCGGGUCCGCCGACGCCGACUCUCUUCAAAGCCCCCCGGUGUGGCCGUGCCUGUGCCCAAAGAAGAACUCGCACCAUUUGCAUAUCUGCACAAUCGAGCCCCGACUCCGGGCUCUGUGGAUCUGGUACCCAACCGGGCCCCAACUCCGGGCUCUGCAGACCUGCUCCACUCACCGAGCAUCCUCUACAACAACUACAACUAUAACCACAACCACAGCCACAACCCCAAUUACAACUACAACUAUAACUACAACCAACAGCGUUUGUCGCCGCCGCCGUCGGUGCUGGAUGAGCCCGUGCAUCGACAGGACUCGCUGACCCGACCACAGCCCAACCUCGCCUUUCCAAGUGUGCAUCAGCUGUCGUGAGACACAACACUGACGGCCAGAGCUAUCUCCAGGGUCAAGCAGUCCCAUCAUCCAAUGCAUCUCUGCCGCCAUCGUACACGCGAACGCCAA